AUCUGGCUGGAUUUCUGUAUAAAUUGGUGAUGCGGCUGCAGUGGUUCGUCAGUGAAGCAUUUGAUUUGGUCUAAUAAACAGCAGCCGAGUGCAAUCCGAGGAUAUAGCAACACCGAGGAUUACUGUGACAUAGUGCCGAGUGCUAAAGUGUGUGCGUUGUGAACGAAAAAGCCGUGAAUCCCCAUCUAGUAUCCAUAAACCGUGAUUGUUCAGCCAUGAAAGCCUUCAUCCUAAUGUCCUGCCUGGCGCUGGCCGCCGCUCGUCCUGAAGCCGGAUACAACUACAACCGUCCUGGUGGCGGCGGUGGCUCCGGCGGUGGCAUUGGCGGUGGCAUUGGCGGCGGAUUCGGAGGUGGCUCCAGCGGCGGCUUUGGCGGCGGCUCCGGCGGAGGAUUCGGUGGUGGAUUCGGCGGUAGCAGCGGCGGAGGAGGAUUCAGCAGCGGCGGAGGCGGUGGCUUCAGCAGCGGCGGUGGUGGAGGCGGAGGCGGUGGAUUCGGCGGUGGAUUCGGAGGCGGCUCCGGUGGAGGAUUCGGCGGAGGUGGCAGCAUUGGCGGAUUCGGAGGCGGCGGCGGUGGUGGUGGUGGCACCACCUUGGUGCAGAAGCACAUCUACGUGCACGUGCCACCACCAGAGCAGGAAGAAGUGCGCCAGCGCCCUAACCUGCCCAUUGGCCAGUCCCAGAAGCACUACAAGAUCAUCUUCAUCAAGGCCCCAUCGCCACCAUCGUACCAGGCUCCGGUCAUUCCCCUGCAGCCUCAGAACGAGGAGAAGACUCUGGUCUACGUGCUGGUGAAGAAGCCCGAGGAUCAGCAGGACAUUGUCAUCCCCACGCCCGCACCCACGCAGCCAUCGAAGCCCGAGGUGUACUUCAUCAAGUACAAGACCCAGAAGGAUUCCAGCGGCAUUUCUGGAGGAAUCUCCGGCUCCACUGGUGGUGGCUUCACCCAGACCAACACCGGCAAUGGUUACACCUCUGGCGGCGAUGGUGGCUUCACUGGUGGAGACAGCGGCUCCAUCUCGGCCCCGUCCAGCAACUACGGACCACCUGGAAAGUCCGGACCCUACUAAAUGGAUCUUCAACCCAUCGUGAACUCAAAAUUGCGAACUUCGAACUCGGCCCAAGCUGCUGACUAGUCCUGUCGUUGACACGCCCCCAAACUCUCUCAUUUGAGUACCACAUCAUCCACAUCACAUUAACCACCUCACGAUCUUCGACCACCAUGUGUCCCUGAAUUAUCUCAGACUUGCAUCACUCCUUUUCAACAAGGGGGCGGCGCUUUCGCCCACGACUUUUGUACAUAAUACGUUUCCAUCCUUCCGUUUCCACUCACUCUGACUAUCCAUCUUUUUGCAUCUGUACAUUUUUCACCUUCAACUGAAUUAGAGUCUAACCUUCAGCCCUGCCUGGAAAAUUCUAUUAGCUAAUAGGCGACAAGUGCGGGUUCCUUGGAUGGGAACCUCAUCUGGCGCCCGGAAGAGCGAAUGAUGAUGAUGAUGAUUUGUAGCAGAAGAUGAUUUAGCGGGGCCUGACUUGCUCCAUACAUAUAAAUACAUAUACAUUAAUUAUACUAGGCUUAAGUAC